UUGUGUUAAGGAAACGGACGAGUCGAUUUCGCAAGAGAUCGACGGCCGUUUUGCGUAUUUAUUUAUCUGCUAUAAAAACACAGUGAUUAGCAGUGUUCGAGGUCAAGAAUGUACUGUGUAGAUGCAUGCACUCACUGCGCACGGAUGAACGUCAUGAAGAAUGACAUUUAAAAUUUGCAGUUAAAGAUCAGACGAUAACGCGUCUUACAGGUCCGAGUGUAUAUGACACUUGCAUUACAUGGAGUACUGAUCAAGGGACAAAACGCAUCAUGAACAUGGAUAACGUGGAUCAGCAUUUGCUUCACCAGUUUAGUUGUCUAGGCACCACCGACAAAGAUGAACUGGUGAAGCAGCUGCAGAAGCUGCUGGCUGAUAGCCAGCUGAGCGAAACUACCGCUGCGUUCUUCCUGGAUAUGAAUAAUUGGAACCUUCAAGCAGCUAUAUGUAGUUACUUUGACUUUGCAUCUCCAGUACGAAAUCAAUUUCCUCGUAUGAUGCUGAUAUGUGAAACCACUGUUGGUAGAGGAGAAUCUGUACCACCACUUACUAAUUUUCGAAAAUCAUGGUAUAUACAAAACCAUGGUAAAGAAGCAUGGCCUGAAGGAGUGUGUUUACAAUAUAUAGGUGGAGUACAAAUGGGUGUAUGUACAAGAGUACCAAUACCAUCUUUAGGUCCUGGAGAAGUAACAGAGGUGAGCGUGGAUCUUCAAAGUCCUCCACAUUGUGGUACAUUUCAAAGUAAAUGGAGGUUGAUGGUAAAAUCUACAGAAACGUUUUUUGGAGAUGUUAUUUGGAUAACAAUUACAGUAAAUGAAAGUGGUACUCUGGCCAUUAUUCAGCAGCUGCAUCAAUUAAGUGCUUCAUCAUCUAAUGAUGCAGAGAUGUGCUAGCCAGCAUAUGUUCAGAGACAUUUUUCAACCACUUUUCUUUUUUUUUAAAUGCCUUUGAUUAUUUUUAAAUGA